AUGUACGAUAAAAUUAAAAUAAUUAGUCAAGUAGUUAGAAUAAAUAGUAUUCGUUACUACAGUAAAGAUAGUAGUAAGAAAUUAUUGGAAUUUCUAGGCACAAUGCCUAAAGUAAAUACUGGAAGAAUUAAGGAAGUACAACGCCAGCGUCUGCAAACGUCUAAAAAGUCUGAGAAGUAUGGCCCUAGUACAGUCUACUUACAGGUACUUGGUUCUGGAGCACGCGGAGCUCCUAACACCCUUUACCUGUUUACAGACCAAAAACGAUAUCUCUUUAAUUGUGGGGAAGGAAGUCAGAGAUUAGCUCAUGAACAUAAAGUGAAGCUAUCAAGGCUUGAGCAUAUUUUUAUUACCAAUAAAACUUGGCGUAAUAUUGGUGGACUUCCAGGGCUUUCACUUACCUUACAAGAUGUUGGUGUACCAAACAUUACAUUACAUGGCCCAGAAGGAUUGGAUGAACUUUACAAUGCCACAAGAAGGUUUGUUAUAAUGAAAGAAAUGAAUGUGACAAUGGCUAACUGCAGUCCUAGUGUGGACUUUGAGGAUAAUGUCAUGACUGUAAAAUAUGUUCUUAUGUAUCCUCAAGACAACAUUCUCCAAACAGACCCAAAACCUGCUGCAAAAAAAGCAAGACUUGGUAAUGACUCAGUUGAUAAAGAAUUUGAAGAGUUCAUUCAUGAUGAUACAGAUUAUUACAAGAGAGAAGCUAAGAAUGUUGAAGGAAAUAAAAAUAAGAAUGCUAAUUUAAAACCUAAACCUACUUCAGAGAAAGAUCCUGUUAAGAAAAAAGAUGAACUAGUAUUACAUGACUUGCAAAAACAUAGUCAUUGCACUGUAGCUUACAUUUGCAUCAUAAAGAAACGCCUGGGAACAUUAGAUUUAGAGAAGUGUGUAGAACUUGGAGUUAAACCUGGACCAUUGCUGGGUCAGUUGAAAAGUGGACAAGAUGUUGUAUUGCCCGAUGGAACACUUGUCUUAUCAAAGGAUGUAAAGACUCCUGAUGAUCCUGGACCAGUUUUUAUAGUUAUGGAAGUACCAGACCUAUCAUAUCUAAAGGAGUCUGAGUUUUCUGCUCACUUCGACAAUGGCACUAAUCCCCCAGAGAACAUACCAACAGUGAUUGUGCAUUAUACACCGCCACAUGUGUUUAAUCAUCCUACUUACCGCGCGUUCCUCUCGCUGUUCGGGCCGACCACCCGGCACCUGGUGCUCAACACGCAGAACACGUGCCUCGGGUCGGAGGCGACGCACCGCACGCAGCACAAGCUGCACCUGCUGGACGGCGACAUGUUCCCGCUGCUGCGCGACGCCAGCGUGCCCGCCGUGUGGGGCGCGCCCGCCGCCGCCGCCGCGUCCGCCGCGCUCGACCGCCCCGCCAGCCCCCUCAGGAUGCGGGCCUUGGAGGAGUUGAAGCAUAAUUUCCAGAAUAUAAUAAAUAUGGAGGGUUGUUCCGGGGGAGAUGCGGGAUUGAAGAACUCGGAGUCACUGGACAGGCUCGAGCUCAUCGCGGGCAGGACCCUAUCGAUAUUUCAUUUGAGGCCUAAGAGAGAGCUGGAUAGGUCGAUGGAAUCAAAACUUCACAUACAAGAUUAUAUCCAAGAAGCAAUGGACGCUGACGGUUUUGUUAGCAGUCUAGAGCAUUUCCGUAAACUGGUUGAAGAUAUGCGUUACGCGAAAAGAGAUUCUCAAAAGGAGUACCCUAAGGUUGUUUUUCUCGGAACAGGUUCCUGUAUACCCAGCAAGACAAGGAACACCAGUGCUAUUGUACUACAUAUUGACGAAGACCGGUCAAUGCUGCUGGACUGCGGUGAAGGCACGUUCGGUCAGCUCGUACGCUUCUACGGGCCGAAGCGGGUCAACUCGUUUCUGAGGACUCUCAAGGCUAUUUAUAUAUCGCAUUUGCAUGCGGAUCAUCAUAUAGGUUUAAUCGGUAUAUUGCAAGCGCGUCGCGAAGCGUUGAAUGAAGUGAGCGCAGAGGGCGCGGCGAGCGCGCUGUACCUGCUCGCGCCCGGACAGAUCGUCAGCUGGCUGUCCGUGUACGACCAGCGGUUUGAGAGGAUACGGAACGAGUUCACGCUUAUACCUAAUCAGAGUUUGCUACAGUCCAAGCAAGAAGAUGGAACCAGCACGGAGAUGACAUCGGCGGUGCUGUCGCACAUCGGGGUGCAGCACAUCCGCACGUGCCCCGUGGCGCACUGCCCCAACGCGUUCGGCGUGGCCGUGGGCGUGGGCGUGGGCUUCAAGCUCACCUACUCCGGGGACACCAUCCCGUGUGACGACCUCGUCGAGAUCGGCAAAGACUCAACACUGCUCAUCCACGAGGCCACCAUGGAAGACGAACUGGCGGACGAGGCGCGAGUAAAAAUGCACUCGACGACUUCCCAAGCGAUAGAAAUUGGCAAGAGAAUGAACGCCAAGUACACGGUACUAACGCACUUCAGUCAGAGAUAUGCUCGUCUACCGCGGUUAAAUGCGCAUAUACUGAAGGACAAUAACAGUGUUGGUAUCGCCUUCGACAAUAUGCAGCUAACAAUGAGCGAUUUGGAACUUCUUCCACACAUGUACGCGCCAUUACAACUGAUGUUUGCAGAACAUUGCGUCGAAUUAGAACUUAAAGCGGCACAACGAGCUCGCCUAAAAGAAAGACGACCAUCUCCGGCUAACCUCCCCACAUCCGGUAUCAUUAGAAACUAUUCCACAUGUAGCACAGAUUAUAAAAUGACAGUAGACUCUGUGACAGAUGACAGCACAGAUAAUGUCAAUGGCAGUAAUUGUAAUGUCACAGAUAAUGAAACAAUUAGUGGUAUUCAACGUAAACGGUCGCCAUGUUGUGAUGAAGUUGCUGCUCCUUUUCCACCCGCAAACCAGAAUAAAGAAAAACAUUGCUCGCGUUUAAGACAAGAGAGAAGUAGCAGAUUAGCAGGAAAAAUAUUAUCUGGAACACGAAGCAAAUCUUGUUCGCCUUCUAAAAUUUCCAGUGGCAAUAAUUCGCCUAUCUCUUCAAAAUGCGGGAGCGCGCCCCACUCUCCUGAGCGAACUUCUGAAAUUGCAUCACACCGUACACCAAGCUCGUCGUCAAAUAUAAGCAACAGUAAACCAAAGUGCCAAAAUUUUAUAAACACCAAUAUUGCUCAUGUUGUAGACACUCGAUCUAAAACAUUAAAUGAAGCUUCUACUUUGACACUCUCGUAUACAAACGCUAUGAAAAUGUCUAAUAAUAAUAAUAAGAACAAAAGUUUUAGUGAAACGAAGAAAAGUCCUUGUACUUUAUCAAGCAAAGACGAAAAGGCAUCCCCUGUUAAAAGGUCUCGAUCACCUAUCAUGUCACGGAAAGCGGAGAACCAGAACCUUGUGAGAGCAAUUUCAAACAAACGAGAUUCAAGUCAGCCAAGAUCACCGACUAAAACCACAUCUGCUAGGGUUAACCCCAACUCGCAGCCAGGAUUCAAUUUGAGAUCCAGUACAAAUUCUGCCAUGAAGAGUGUCCCUACGAUGAAAUGUAAGAAUAUCUUUAGAGUUAAAAUUUAUAUUAUUACUAGCGACUCGCCUUCGCUUUGCUCGGAUUCGUCUCUAGCAACAAGACAGCCAAAAACCAUUUCCAAUUUAAGAAGACAAUCUGUAGAAAGAAAUGCACCAGGUUUGAAAAGUUUUUCUUCAUACACUAAGCUAAAGUCAACUCAUGCAGCCUAUACAUGUGGUACUAGCAGUUGGAAUGCGGGAACAUCGCCUACAAGAAAGACUAUUGGAGAGCGAGUGUCUUUGAUACAGAAGAAUAAUUCAAAAGAAAAUAUUACUAAAAUACAGGCUAAUGUUAAAUCUGCUUCGUCAUCCCGUGAAAGUUUGACCGAUUUAAAGAGGAAAUUGGCAUUUAACCGAAAUACCUUACCAACCAGCUUUAAAAAUUUUGUCAACUACAGUAGCAAAAGCUUUAAACCUCAGCUGGAAGAUAUUAAGAGUUCAUACUUGUUAUUAAAUAAAAAAAAUUGUGAUAGAAAUUUAAGACAAGAGAAAAAUGCAACUAGUAAAAUAUCUAAACCUCAACCAUUGAGUGAAAAACAAAGGAAACAGAAAUUAAUGGAAGCCAUGCAAAAAUACAAGACAAAAAAAUAUUGGACUGAAUCAAAAUAUGACCGAAUAGAAGGGCUCAAUUGGAUAUCAUGGAAA